AUGCGCAAAAAGACUCCCCAACAGAAGGAGAUGGCUCGGAAGGGCUUCGAGAGACGCGACGCCAAGCGUCAACAGAACCAAGGAAACUUUUCUGCUCAUGGCCAACAGCAAGACCGACAAUCCGGUGCCGGCCAUAGAAACAUGGGCCGAGACAAGAACCGAGACAUGACCAGUAUCGGUCCCUCUCUUACCAGUAAACAUGGCAUCCAAAAGCGCAGUAAUGAAUCUGGCAUGUCUUCUUUCGACCCGAUGGAGCACCAGAACUGGGUUACUGGGAUCGACCGUGUCAACACCUCUUACGAUGGCGGUCCACAGAACCGCAUCGUUACCAGCACCCAUACCAACAAGCCCACCGCAAAGGCAGACAGACCCGCCGAUGGCAACGAAAUCGCCGCGACUCCCCUGACAAUCUUGAACACAAGUCAGGUGAUUGAUACCUUUGACGCAGACCUAGCUAGCAUCGCCAAGGCCAGGCAAAGGCGGAUCCGGGCUGAGGCGGAUGCGUUUCUCGGUCAGCCUCGCAAAGGUCAGACAAUCGGGGCUCAAGGCGACUUCCAGAAUCGUGUCACCGAGGUGACUCAACUGGCCAAGGUUCUCUGUGCUGAGUGUGGCAGCAACACCCAUACCCUUAAGGGCUGCAUCACCACCAUCAGUGGCAGUAUUCGUGGAUGCAUCUUCUGCAACAGCAUGAGCCACAGCACCGAUAACUGUGGUGAGUUCAAUGACCUCGACUUGGUGUCAAAGGUCAAAUUGCUCGUCACGGACCGUGCUAGCAAGCCGCCAAUCUUCACAGACACCGCCUGGUCAGUUUGGCUGCAUAGAUUCCUGACGGCCACCAAUACUAAGGGCCAGCCAAUUCCCGAGACAUUCCCCUGGACAGUGAAUUUCGCCCGACAUAUUUAUGGCGGUAAGGCGGAGAAGUCUGUGCAAGAGUACCAGAGUGACUUCGAUCGCGCUCAGAGCAUCGGUGUUUUGCCUCGGGAUUGGCGGAUGCAGAGCAUGAAAGACGUGUUCACCAACUUCUGGGAGAAAGAGGGCAGGGUGUGGCCGGCUCGCCUGGACAGCUUGUCAUCCGUUACCAAAGCCAGCACUGGAGCAACUACCUCUGGUCAGGGGGCUGAGAGUGCUGAUUCAUCGACCAUCGAGGAAAUACGGAGGUUGGGGGAGACUGUCAUUAGACAAGCUAUGCAGCUUGGUGAAAAGGAUAGGGAGAUUGAAGGCCUCAAGAAGGAGAAUCAAAGGUUGAGGAAGGAGAAUGAAGACCUAAAGAAGGGCUUAGCUUGA